AUGGCACUCAAUGUUCAAAGAUUCGGAAGUUUUAGAAGUAUUCGAAAGAAGUCAUCUAAUAAUACCAAAAACAAUAUUAAUCCUAAUCCUAAUACCGGUACCCCACAAGUUACGACCAAUAUACCAACCAAUAAUGAGGGACUACCAGGGCCACCGUCAGAGCUAAUUGCGAUGAGAUAUGAAGAUAUGUUCCCUGGAGCAAGGGCACCAAUUCCCGUUACUGUUGCACCUCCACUUUCUCCACCCACAGAUACGCAUCCUGCAUUUCGGCCACGAUCACUACUUAACCAAGGUCAUGAACUAGGAGCUUUGAAGAAGGAGGAUAAUACAAAGAGAGAUUCUGGUCUUGCCCCUACCACCAGCACAAGUGCUCGAGAUUGUGAAGGAGGUUCUAUUAAUCGUCACUCUUUUAAUACCGUCGAUAAUGACAAUGUCUUGGGAAUCAAUAUAAACUUUGAUUCAAAAGUGGCCAUGGCAGAACCAAGCAGCACAAGCUCCACUCCACAAGUUCAAUUGAGCGAUGUGCAAUCACCCGCAUCACUAAAAUCUCCAAGUUUUAUGAAAAAUGAAAGCUUGGGGUCUUCUGCAGGGUCCCUGAAACGCUGGAAAACGAAAAAUGGCAAUUCCAAAAGCCCUACCAAGACUGGUAAAUCUAUAGAGAUCCCAGACGACCAAUUUUCACCCAUUACCACUCCAAUCCCAGGUGAAAGUUUAUUAGAAGACGAUUUUAUGCAAUCUAUGUCUUUUUCCAAAAGAGGGAGUAUCAUGUUAGGGGGAAGAAAGCCAGCAAAUGCUCAAGCGCGCACAAAUGCGACGCGAAGACAACCUAGCUUUUCUAUGUUAGCCACAACGUCGCCAUCGACCAAAGUAUUGUCAGACGAUUUGGAAAUGGAGUCGCAAAAGGUCAGAUCUAUGUAUGAGUCGGGGUCGGGCUUUGACUGGCGUGAUGGGAAAGACGACACAAUUGACAAUCGUAUAACAGCCGGAGGGGAUUCGAUACCCGAAAGACCUGUUACGGCAAACAGUUACUUGACUCCCAAUGGCAUUGGUGUGCCACAACGAUCCGCGAGCGCAUUGUCGAAUAGAGGACCGGCCGAGUUAGCGGGAGGCAUCGAAGAUUGGGAAGAUGUGAAUGGGAAAGAUGUCGAUAGAUAUGGUUUCAUUAAUCGCGGGAGGACUACCACCAGACCCGGCACGCCAGAACCCAAACCACCACAACGGGUGUCCACUGUACUUCAAUUGGCUUCCGAGGCACCACGAAGAAAACGAACAUUUGGUCGAUCGCCAUCUACCGCGAAUUCCCAGAAGGGAUUGAGGCGUGCUCCUAGUCGAAAGGUUUCUGCGAGGUCGUUGAAAAGGACACAAGGGGAUAAUGCGUCAAUACGAAGUUCGCGAAGCUCUCAACUCAGACAAGCUGCCAAUCGAUUACCAGGAAAUAAGGAUAGAAGGUGGAUGGACGAAGCUGGUGACAUGUUGACUCUACCUCCUGGCUUGGCGGAUAUUGCUGAAGAAGUGGAAGGGGGGAAAGGGGCAGAAUUGAUGAAGAAGAAAGAAUCGGAACGAACAGAGAAAUGGAGAAGAAUGGCUAAAAUAAUAAAGGGCAAGGAUGGAGAAGGAAUGGUUUUCGAAUUCGACACCAAAAAUUCCAAAUUAAUAGAAAGGACAUGGAAAGGGAUACCAGAUCGUUGGCGUUCUGCGGCAUGGUAUUCCUUUCUUGCUAGUUCAGCAAAGAAGAGGGAAGAUAGCGCACAAGAGGGAGAUAUAAUCCAAGCUUUCCAUAAGCUACAAGAUCAAAGUUCGGCAGAUGAUGUUCAAAUCGAUCUUGAUGUUCCUCGGACGAUCAAUAGUCACAUCAUGUUUAGACGAAGAUAUAGAGGAGGUCAGAGAUUACUCUUUAGAGUUCUUCACGCUUUAUCACUAUACUUUCCCGCUACUGGCUAUGUUCAGGGUAUGGCAUCAUUGGCAGCUACUCUUCUGUGUUAUUAUGACGAAGAGAAAUGUUUUGUGAUGUUAGUACGCAUGUGGACUUUGCGUGGGCUGGAGAAAUUAUACGAACCAGGAUUUCCGGGUUUGAUGGCUGCUUUAGAUGAGUUUGCAACUACGUGGCUAGACAAUGGCGAGGUUUCGGCUAAGCUGAACGAACUUGGCAUCGAACCUACAGCAUACGGUACUCGAUGGUAUCUCACUCUCUUCAAUUAUUCCAUUCCUUUCCCAGCUCAACUCCGCGUUUGGGAUGUCUUCAUGCUUCUAGGAGAUGAAGAUCAAUCCUUACCCUAUAGCAAAGAAAGACCAUUUGCAGGUGGCUUGGAUGUUAUUCAUGCUACUAGCGCCGCAUUAAUCGAUGGCACGAGAGAUAUAUUACUCGAUAGUGAUUUCGAAAGUUCAAUGAAAGUCCUCACCAGUUGGAUCCCAGUCAAGGAUGAAGAAUUAUUGAUGAAGGUCACGAAAGCAGAGUGGAAAUUACAUCGAGGGAAGAAGAGAAGUUGA